AUGCAGACCAUGGCCCCUGAGCAGCCUUCCGAACCGCAACCACACACGCCAUCGCCCGUCUCAACUCAGCGUCGAGAACAGUCCCUGGCCCCGGUCCAGCAACCGUACGCUGCCUGCCCUCAAUCCCUUGCAGCUCAACCGGCCCCCGUCCCCCUAUACACCCAGUCCCCUGCCGCCCAGGACCAGCAGAAUGCCCAACAGGCCAUCACCUACAUGACCGUCCCCCAGCCGUUACGGCACCCGCCCGAGUCGAGCAGGAGAAAAGCAACAAAGGACAUCCUCCACGUCACAGCCAUGGUCAUGUCCAUCAUCGGCAUGGGCUUCGCCUUCUCGCUCCUAGCAAAGGCCGUGGACCGAACUCUCCGCACCACGAGACACGGCUACUCAGACAACUUCAACGACUACCUCCCCGCCAUGUCAGCCAGUCCCAUCUUCGCCGCCUCCUGCCUCUGGAGCCUCGUAGAGAUGGUGGUCCGCUGCGCGCGCAGCUGGAAGGCCGGCAUCCACCCAGGCGCCCACGUCGGCGUCUGCCUGUGCCUGUGGCUCGCGGCCGUCAUUGCCGGCGCCCUGCUCGCCGUCCUCGCCGCCCAGCCCUACGACGACCUCGGAUGCGACGGCGACGGCGACGGCGCCAACGCCAACGCCUCGCCGUGCGCGCGCCGCUCGGACCCCGACCCCGUGUUUGUAGGGACGACGGUCCUCGCGCUGCUCCUCGCCGCCGUCGAGCUCGCCCUCUUCGUCAUGGCCUGCGCCGACACCCACCUCCGCAACCGGUGGAGGCGCACCCUCGUCGUCGCCUCGACGCCGUGCUGGGCUCCCCCGCCGCCCGGAUGGCACGUCGCCGCCGGUCACGAGCGGCAGCAGCAAUUCGCCGCCGAGAUGAGCGGCGACGAAAAGCACCCAGCGAGGGAGUUUAAUGCACCCGCCACGGCGGCGUAG